AUGGAUUACAUAGACCCAGUAACAACUCAAGAGCCAUCCACGGAGUCUCAGACUUCAAACGCCAAUACUUCUUCAGCACCACCCCAUGAUCCAGCUACUAUCAAGACUGAAGAAACAAUCGAGAAAUUAGAGUCGGAAAUUGAUAAAGCGUAUGGAUUAGUCGAACACAAAUUUCAAGAAUUAUGGGAGAAUGCAUCGAAAGGUGCCGAGAAGUAUAAUUUGGAUGAAUAUAAACAAAGUUUUAUUAAACAGUUGAAUACUACGAAACAAUCUUUAAAUGAAAAAUCUUCAGAAUUACAUGUUCAAGAAAGGUUAAAAUCAAUUGAAGAUCAAUUGAAGAAAAUCAAAUUACAAGAUAUUUCCACACAAGCAAAUUCUGCUUUGGAUGUAUUGGAUUCCAAAUUGGAAGUUGUUGAAAGAGAAGCCGGCAAGUAUUUUGGGAAUUUCACGUCGUUUUUAUCGAACAUUGUGUCUAUUUCACCGGGCGACGACAAUACCAAUAACCAUACCAACCAGAAAACAAAAGAGGUGUUGUUUAACUCCUCAUUGAACCAAUUUAAUAACUAUGGAACAACACGUUAUGAUACCGAUUUAUUAAAAUUACAUACUAGUGAAGAAUUUUAUCUUAGUAAUGAAUUAGAUAACGAAAAUGAGAUUAAGCACUUCAAUGCCGACGAAAAAACUAAGGAAAUCAGUGAUUUAUUGGAAAAGUAUUCCACUACACUUACCAAAACAAUGAACGAAUUGGUGCCUGUCAAGAUUGCAUACAACUUGUUUUGGUAUAGAUAUUUCAAACAAGAAAAUAAAUUGAAAGAACACGAGAAGAAAAGAAAGGAAUUAUUGCAAAAGAAGGAAGGGUCGAAACAUAAUCAUGUUGCAGCAGAUGGAGACGAUGAAGAGGAUUUUACAUGGGAUGAUGAUGAGGAGGAGGAAGAAGAAGAACCAAUUGGUGAUAAACCAUCCAACGAGGCUAUUCCCGAUAAAGAAACCAACAAAACGGAUACUACGGCAAAGAAGGCAGAAGACGAAGAGGAUGAAGAUUGGGAAUGA